AUGAAUGACAAUCGUCUAAAUUUGCCAAUCAUAUCACGGCUUAUUCUUUAUACUUCUGUUACUUCUCUUAUAUCUUUAACACUAGGCUCAAUCGUAGGAGGUAAAAAAAGUGGGCUUCGUUUUCUUGCAGAAAAUGCACAUCGUUUACCUAAAACUAUUCAAGGAUGGUAUUUUUAUCAUAAGACAAAAAAUUAUUAUAUUAUGUUAGGUGGUAUAAAGACGGGUUUAAAAUAUGCAUUUCGGGCAUCAUUUUGGGUGAAUAGUUAUCUCGGGAUAGAAUAUAUAUUAGACUAUGUUCGUAAAUGUAUAGAUGCAGGAAAUACGAAUGAAACUUCGUAUUUUUUAUUUAACCAGCUCAGUUGGUUUAAUUAA